UAUGGCCAAAGUGCGUUUAUUUGUGUUGGGCCGACGUACGUGACGGAUACGGUCAGCGUGAUGGUGGCGGAAGCGUUCGGGAAAGUAGCGUAAAAUCGUCUUCGGGCCAGUCGGUGCACCAUCGUCCAUCACGGUCGCAUCUCCUCGAUAUAGUCUUGCUCGUCGCGCGUUGUUUGUUGUGUCGUAGUCGUUUUCAAUCAUCUACCGUUCGUUUUAUUCGUCCUCCCACCGAAAAAUGUCGCGAUCGCUGCCGUCCGUGUUCCAAUCAUCUCCGUUCCGAUCGUCGGUUCGGUAGAGAGCGUCGCAAUUUUAAUAUAUCAUCGGCCGUCGCUCGCCGCGGUGUGGUAGUGCGCGAUAGCCUAGUGCGACCGUGUCCGUCGUUGGUGCAGUUUUAGUGCGUUAUUAGUGGUGGUAGUUUUGGUGCGCGUUUCGUGUACCAGUAUAUCGAGCAGGGCCAUCAUGGAACUGCGGUUGCACAGCCCCGUGGGUGCCGAUCCCGUCGUGUACAAAUGGCCUAUGAUCAUAGGCAGAGGAUCGGACAAACACGAUGGUGCACUGGGAAUUAUAGAAACAAUAAAAUUGGUGUCUGAUGACUUCCCUGACAUGAAGAUUCCUCUAGAAAACAACAUACUUUGCAACUACGACACAAAAUCAUAUGACAGCAUGAAGUCUUUGUGCGACAGGUUCAACAAGGCUAUUGACAGCAUGGUUCAAAUGAAUAAAGGAACUUCUUUACAAAAAUUCAGUAAAAAAGCAUCUAAAAAUCUUCUCAGACACAUAAUUCAACAAGUUUAUAAUGUUUCUGUCACUGACCCUGAUAAACUAAAUCAAUAUGAACCAUUUUCACCUGAAGUAUAUGGAGAAACAUCCUUUGAUCUCAUUUGUCAAAUGAUUGAUCUGAUUAACAUUACGGAAGAUGAUAUAUUUAUAGACCUUGGAUCUGGUGUGGGGCAAAUUGUUUUACAGAUGGCAGCAGCCACUCAAUGUAAAAUAUGCUGGGGUGUUGAAAAAGCUGAUGUCCCUUCAUCAUACUCAAAAUUUAUGCAUUUAAAUUUUCAAAAAUGGAUGUCUUGGUAUGGCAAAGAAUGUGGUCAAUAUCAACUUGUGAAGGGCGACUUUUUGAGUGAAGAACAUAGGGAAAAGAUAACAAAUGCAACAAUUGUAUUUGUGAAUAAUUAUGCAUUUGGGCCACAAGUAGACCAUAUGUUAAAACAACGAUUUGCUGAUCUUAAAGAUGGAGCCAGAAUAGUUUCUUCAAGAUCGUUUUGUCCACUUAAUUUUAGAAUGUCUGAACGCAAUUUAAGUGAUAUUGGGACCAUAAUGCAUGUAUCAGCAAUGGAGCCUAUAACUGGUUCAGUUUCUUGGACUUGUAACCCUGUAAAGUAUUAUUUACAUGUUAUUGAUCGAACAAAGCUCGAGCGGUAUUUUACUCAAAAUAAGCCUCCCGUUCCAAAAUCAAGGGUGAAUGGAGAUAAACAAAAAUUAACAACUACCAUUUCUGUUAAUAAUUGUUCAUCUGAUGAUACAGACUCAUUGUUUAGUACUUUAAAUGGUGAUAGUGUAGAUGGAAGUGCUACCAAUGGAUUGACAUCGGAUAAAACUAUAACAAACACUAAUGGACAAUGCACAUGGUCAGAUAUAGGUGGACAAAAUAGUGAGGAAGAAAAUGAGAAUAACACAGACAAUCAUAGUAGAACUACUCGUAAAGUAAUGAAGCGUAACACACCACGGCGGAGUCGUAGUUUCAAAAUUGCUCCUACUUCGUAUUUAAAUAGAUCACAUUCUGAGACAACUGUUCCUGAAAAAAAGACUGUAGAAAAAAUUGCAAAAGGAAAACGAGUUGUUUCUACUAAUCGCAAACAAAAGGCUAAACGAAAGCCACCAAAACGUAACGUUAAAAUAUCAGCAUCUUUAAAUUUAUUACAUAGUGAGACAGUAUUAAGUACCACACCGGAAGUAUCGAUGAGUAUCAAGGAACCUCCAAAAGGUUGUGUUGAUCACACUUUGACUUCAAUUACGGGAGUGGGAGCUGGAUAUGCAGCUACUCAUACUGAACUUCCUCCGCCCACUGGAGAUAUUCCAUACUCAUUGCAAUUGCUUUUAGAUGAUUAUAAAGAAGGAUUUAUGAACAUGAUUAAUAUGUUUAAGACCCAGAAAUUCCGUGAAGAUGUUGAAGCACAAAUAAAAGCUGAAAGGGAAAAAAAACAAAAUUCAAACAUGAAAAUAAAUCAAAUAAAAAAACAAAUUGACCAUCUAAUUAAAGAUAGCUGUAGUCUAUUAAAAACCCGUAUGAAGGAACUUGAUAUUUAUCCUACUAAUACUACAGGCGAUGUUUUGACAGCAGCUAAAGUAAUAGUAUUGCGCCAUAAAGAUCUACAAACGAAAGUGGCUAAAAUUAAAAAUGAAACAAAUGUAUUGGAGAAUCAACAUUGGGACUAUUACUGUAAACGAGCUGCUGAAGUGAAUGCUGUUGGUACUCCUGGACAUUUAUUACUACAUCAAACUGAUAAUUCAUCAGAUCAAGAAAUAAACACCCAACGUUUAUUAAUGACAGAACUUAUGGCCAAUCGAAAAAGAAAGCAUGCUUUGUCUACAAAUAUUGAAGGAGUCAAAACUGAGAUUGAUAACUUAGAAAAACAAAACACAACAAGUAAGUUCAAUAAUUCUUUAGUAAAUCAAAUGUGUAACAACAAAAAAUCAAGAAUUCGUUCCCAAGACUGGCCAGAAGUGCCAGAUAUAGCUAGAAUUGAUGAAAAAAAUCCAGAAAUUCUGGCACAAAAAAUAUUAGAAACUGGUAGACAAAUUGAAGCCAGAAAAAUAAUUGAAAAUGGCAGACAAGUUGAAUUAUCGACACGGUAUCAACGCUCAAAUAAAAUCUUUAAUAGAAAUUCAUCAGAUACCCCACUUAAAGUGCCUUUUUAUGAUGAACAUGUCAAAGAUCUCAUUACAAAUGCUUUAAAUGAACCAUCGUCUAAAGGACCAGACUAUUCUGUUGUAUCACCUGCUAAAGUUGCUUUACGAAGGCAUCUAUCACAGGAAAAAAUUUCACCUAGUCCACCAAUACAACAACAAAAUGUCAUAACAAGAACAAUUGGUGAUGUACUAAAUAAUGAAAUUGAAAGAUGUUUGGAAAUGGACAGACAUAAUCGAACACUAGAAAUAAGCAAUCAGUCUAUAAUUAAUGCUGUUGUACCAUUAUCCAUGCAUAAUAGAAACAAUGAUACCACCCAAGCUAUAAAUCAGACUUUACCUUCAGAAAAACGUUCAUUUAUGUACAUACCAUUACCAAAAGCUGAACUUAAACCAUACCAAGAAUCUUUAUUUAGUGAUGAUACCCCUCCUCCUCAUUUAACCACUCUCAAAGAGGAACCUGUUGAAGGACUGGCUGCAUCAUUGCACGAUCGACUAUUAGAUAAUGAUGGAGACGAUAGUAAUGGUGAUGAAGGCUUGUCAUUUAAAGAAGAAAAGACUGAAUCCGACACUCAAUCACCACAUAGAACACUCAAACGCAGUUCUGAAUCACCUGGCCCACUGAAUGCUAAAAAAAUGACACCUAUGUCUGACAGACUUCCCUCAGAAGAAGAUGAAAAAUGGAAUGAUCGCAUCCGUGAAAGAUUUGAUAGCUUGGUAACAUUUGCAUCACUAGAGUUGGAUAAACGGCGCCGUAAUAGUUCAGAUGCUGCUGCCGCUAAUACUAGUCCUGAUAGUGGUAUUGGUCAUGGUGAUCCACCACCUGCCUUACAGCCACCACCAUCACCUUCACCCCCAUUUUCACCAGCUCCAUUAGAUGGACCAUACAGCCCUGUACCUGCUCCUACAGUGACUGCUCCAAACAUACCAUUAAGAUAUCAACGACAUACUAACCACAAAAAGAAAUCUUUUCGUGAUAAAUAUCGGUCCACUGGGCCUAAAGCAAAAACUUGGGCUGCCAAAUGGAUGGAUGCAGAAAUUCAAAGCACAAGCAAUUUUUUUUAAUCUCAUCACUGCCUUUAUAUGGAGGCCCCCAUAUUUAUAAAUAUGUACCUAUAGUUCUAUAAAUUAACAAUUAGUAUAAACAAUUUAUUUUUUUUUUUUUGUAAAUGGGGGAACUUAGACUUUUUUCAGACAUCUUUUUAUAAUCAAUUUUUCAAACUGCCACUCGUUAAAAGUGUUCAAAUUUAAAUUGUAAACCAUUUCUUUUUUUAUUUAUUGCAAUUUGCAUAAUGUUUUGUUCCUAAGUUAUUAUAUAGUUCUCCAAUUUUGUACAGAAUAUUUUAGUGGACUUUUUGACAGAUGUUAUUUAUUUCUUU